AUUAGAAAUAACGUUUUAAAACGAGGAUGUUUAGGAUGGAUAAAAGUUCACGAUAAAACGAACAUACCAUCUAAUUUUAAUAGAUCAAGAUAAAAAAGAUAUGUUUGACAUUUAUUAGAAUAACUUUGUCUUCUAUUUCCCGCAAAAAUAACUGGAAACAUACUGCGAUUAAAGUUCCUGUAAUCAAACGAAAUGAAGAUCCUCUGUCAAUAAGUUUUUUAAUAUUUUUCCUACGAAGAUUUCUUUUUUUUUCUAUUACCAUGAUUGUCAGUUUAUUAUAUCAAAAAAUUAUAGAAAAAUUAAAAACUAUUUCUCAACUAAUUUGUUGAUGUAAUGUUUGUAUAAUAAGUGAUUUUUUAUGUUAUAAGCUUUACUAUGUCAUUUUUGACAGGUUAUAAUAGUUUGAACAUUUGUGAAUAAUUCUAUUGUAUUUAAUAUGAUAGUAUAUAAAAAAUGGAACUUGAUUUUGAAAAUAGGACUUACAAGUUUAAUAGGUAUAAGUUCGUUUAUGGGUGACACGUCUUUAAAAUAUGUUCAUACUGCAGUGGCACGUGCAAUUUUAGAUAAUUUAACUCAUGCUAUUGUGGGUGGUUUAACAUGGACGUUGAUCUUAAUUUUAUCAAAGAAGUCUUUUGUACAAAACUUGCAUGAUAUAUUUUUCUCAUUUGCCUUAUCUUCUUUCAUCGACCUAGAUCAUUUUCUAGCUGCGCGUAGUUGGAAAUUAAACGAUGCCACAAAUUUAAACAAACGACCAUUCUUGCAUUGUACCACCAUUCCUAUUUUGUUAUGGCUCAUUAUGAUUUUGAGUUCGAUAACUUUCAACUGUCCAUCAUUGAAUCAAUACUCGUGGAUCGUGUCUGCAAGUUUCCUAAGUCAUCACAUUCGCGAUGCCACAAGAAGAGGUUUAUGGUUUUGUCCGUUUGGUUCUACGCAGCCUAUACCAUAUAACUUAUAUAUAGGUAUAAGUAUGGCAUUACCUUAUAUCUUGCAUUGGUUUAUGCAGUUUCGUAUAUUAUUACCAAAAGUUAGUGAAAACCUAACGAACAUUGAUAUUAUAUAAGAAUAGUAUAAAUUUGAAAUAUUAUGGUGCAGAUGAUAUAAUAAUUAUUUUAUAAACCAAUUUGACUAGUGUACGUCGAAUGAAUUCAUAAAGAUAUAUAUAUAUAAUUCCAAUGGUAUGAAAUAAAAAUCAAAAAUAUUUUAUAAUACGAUUAAAAUAUCAGCCAAAUAUAACUCUGUCAAAAUUGCCGACAGCAUAGAUCCUACUUCAUAAAUGCAAUAUUUAUAAUCUAACGAAUCGAUCUAAUCGCAAAUAAACGAUGUAGGAAAGGUAUGGAUGACCUCAUUGGAACACAACAGUAAACUUACAAUGUUUACAUACUACUGAAAUAAACUAUGCCACAAUACUUCAAGAGACAUGUUUGAUAACAAGGGAAACUUAAAAACAUCAUGAAGUGUGCAGUGAAAGUAUCUAACUAGAGAAGAAGUAAUCGCGUAGGAAGGCGGAACGCGGGUUUACUAUAAUAAGUAGUAACAAGUAGAAACAUCAGAAGGUGUAAGAAGAAGGAAAGUGGACAUAUAGCUACACAGGUGCUUCGACGAAAGCAACACACGUACAUAUAUAUUGUUCAUCGAUGAAGUAUUUAUUAUAUAUACACACACAUAUAUAUAUAUAUAUAUACACGUGUGUGUACGUACACAUGACUCCCGUAUGUUGCGACAAAGGUACCUACGUAGAUACACAGAUCGGAGGAGGAGGGUCUUUAUCAGCGUCGCUCGUUCGACGGGCGUCGCCGUUAGCGUACUUUAUUACGUUAUCGUGCGUGCUCCCGCUCAGUUCUCUGUGUUCUUCUUUGAAAUUUGUUCGGUCGAAGACCCGGCUUCUUUUCUUUCUCAUACUUGGUUUCACUCAUUCAAAAUAUCGAUCGAAAAAAAACGUAUUCAACAAAUAUAAUAAUAAAAGUUCACGUACCGACGUUGUUCUAUUUUAAAAGAUUGAUUUUUCAUUUUCUUCUUUUUUUUUCUUUUUCUUUCACUCGUUCGAGAACAGAGAAAGAAAGUGCAAAAGGAAUAAGGGAGAAAUUCUUGUCUAAAAAAAAAAAAACCAAAAAAUGUCUUGAGGAUGGUACUCGAUCAUAGAAGAUGCGAGGUCAACGAUGAUAACAGCUUGAUACCGAUAUCUUGAUUACGAUCAUCAAUUUACACGCUAAGGAUACGUCAGCGCAUCAACGCACACUCGUAUUCUUAUCGAUCGGUUCUCAUUUGUAAUGGUCCAACCAGUUGGGCAGACAGACGAAUAUGAUGGCGGAUUUUUGUUACACGAAUCCGACGAUUGUGCCGGGUGAGGAGUUAUCUCGUCGUGGAUUCUCAAUGUAUUGCGGGAGCGACAGUUUCAACGAGGAUUCUAAUUCAAAGC